AUGAGCUGGGUCAUUUUCAAUUUGACUUUGCAUGUCCCAGUUUUCAAGACAUUGACAAUGGCGAAGCGCUGUUCGCGUAAAAGAACGAAUGUUCGAGCGGCGAAAAGCUGGAUUGCAGAGGAACUAGAAAACAUGGAGGCCUUUAACGUCACUUGGCAGGUAUUUCCUAUCGACACGAUGAUAAAUAAGCAAAAGCUGCACCAACUGGGCGAGUUUUUCCCGUCGGUGGCUGUGGACAUGCGCCGAGAUGUAUUAGCGGCUGCAAAUGACCGUGAGGAUGUGGCGGCCGCAAUGCUAGGAAUAUAA